CUCUGAGUGUAGACGUCGCGUCAGUGUUAUGGUAAUAGUAAAUUUAAAAUAUCAAUCCUAAGUAACCAAAAUUCAAAUGUUCCAAUUAAAUUUUGUAUUACGAUAAUAAACCGCAUAUUUGUAAAAUCUUAAAUGAAGAAUUUAAAAUCAUAAACGUGUUGAGAAAGAAGUAUAUUGGAAUAACGUUUGUAUUUAAGUUACUGGAAAUUUCUAGCCACUCUGUAUGUAUCCUAUUAUCCCACUCCUUAUUCUCAGCCUAAUAUCUGUUAUUCUGUUUGUAUUAUGGAUGGUCCAUUCAGAUAUGGUUACGAUAGAGGAAGUAGGUCGCCCUGUUGGUCUAGGAGAGGGUCCUUACUGGGAUGAGGAAUCACAGACUCUGUAUUUUAUUGAUUUGUUCAACCAUGAAAUUCAUAACUACAAUCCAAAAACUAAGGAGCACCAUUCCGUCAAUGUGGAGACUGAAGGCAAACCCGUUACAUUAGUAGUAAAAGUUAAAAAUGAGAAAAACAAGUUUGUUAUUUCUGUGAAAAAUCAUUUAGCUGUUGUAAAUUGGGAUGGUAUUUCAUCUAAGCCUCUGAAUCCUGAGCAUCUUGCAGAUAUUGAAAGCUCAAAUGCUACUACUCGUCUUAAUGAUGGAAAAUGUGACCCGUCUAACCGUCUGUGGGCAGGUACAAUGGGUCCUUUACUCAAAGGAACUCAUGAUCAGUUUGAAGAAGAAAAGGGUGCUUUUUACAUAAUACAUAAGAACUUAACAGUAACAAAGCAGUUAUCAAAGAUUGGGAUCUCAAAUGGUCUUGCUUGGAGUCUUGAUAAGAAAAAAAUGUACUUUAUUGACUCUUUGAAACGUCGAGUUGACAGUUAUGACUAUGAUGAUGCCUCUGGUGUUAUAUCAAAUGAAAAGACAGUGUUUUGUUUGAAGAAAAACAACAUUAAAGGACUGCCAGAUGGAAUGACAAUAGAUGCAGAAGGAAUGUUGUGGGUUGCUGUAUAUGGAGGAGCUUGUGUUUUGCGAAUCAACCCCAAUUCAGGUGAGCUCCUGCAUACAUUAAAAAUUCCCUCACUCCAGACUACCUCAGUUGCUUUUGGUGGUCCCAAUCUAGAAGACCUUUAUGUUACUUCAGCCAAAGUGGGUUUUACUGAGGAAAUGGAGAAGCAGUAUCCAUUUGCUGGUCACACAUUCAGAGUUACAGGGUUGGGUGUGAAAGGAACUCCGAGUUUACCAAUGCAACUAUAGUUUUAUUAAAUUUUUCACAAUUGUGCCUUUCAAAUAGUCAAAUCUUGAUAUUCAGCAGUAAAAUAUUUAUUUCUGUUUA